AUCAUUUACGUCUGCGUAAAUAGUAGUCCAUACUUUUAACGUCCCAUAACGUCGUUAAAGCGCCUUCCGACGGCAUUGCAGCAAUAUAACCAGUUUGUCAUUUGUCUGUUUUAAUCGAGCGGGCUCAAGGGGACGCCAUUUGCAUCGUUCAACAUGGAUUUUGGUUUAAGCGAAGAGCCACAUGAAAAGAUGUCGCAGUCACAUCAGCUUUCUGAAGAAAUAAACGGUCAUGGGCAAAGUAAGACGAAGAACACACGAGUGUUCCUAGAGCAUCUACCAAAAGACAUACGCAAAGAUCAAGUUGACAAGACGUUUUCCAGAUAUGGAAAGAUAGCAAAAGUUUAUCUUAUCUACGACCCACCAGGUUCAGGCUUUGUUGAAUAUGUUGAUGCACGGGACGCAGAAUAUGCAGCAAACCAGAUGGAUGGAGCAGAUUUCAUGGGCUCUCGAGUGUCUGCACGCGUAACAAGAGGAGGCAUUGCCCGAGGACGAGGUCGAGGGCGAGGUGGCCGUGGUAUUAGUAGAGGGGGCUAUGACAGAGGUGGUAGAGGAGGAGGGUAUCAUUCAAGCAAUUAUGGUGGGGGCCAGGGUUACUAUCCUAGGGGGGGUGGUGGUUAUAGGGGGGGUUAUUCACGUGGGGGAUAUAGGGGUUCUGACAGAGGUGGUUAUGGAGGUCGAGGUGGAUAUUCACGUGGUGGCGGCAGUUACUCAAGAGGAGGUGGCGGUUAUUCCCGAGGAGGCGGAGGCUAUUCCCGAGGCAAUAACUACUCAAGAGGAAGCGGCUACUCCAGAGGCUUUUCUCGUGGAGGUUACAGCAGCUCCGGCAACUACGACAAUUAUGAGAAGUACGAAAAAUCUAGUCAAAAGCCAGCUGAGAACGGCUACUCUCGCUACCCCUCGGGUGACAAGUACAAGUCUCACUAUUCAGAUGACAAGUAUGAGAGCUACAGCGGGUCGCGCCGGGAGGAGUACCAGCGCAGCCGUUCACCAGUCAGCCAAUCACCUGAUCACUAUCGUACUGCCUCUCCUGGCUACCAGCGCACCAGGUCUCGGUCUCCAAUUGGUGGUGGGUAUGGCAGCUCUUCUCGCCACUAUCCCUCUUCUUCGUCGCCUCCCUCAUCCAGGGAGGUUGUACGAACCUCACGCUCUCGUGAUUCACGUGGCUAUAGCCCAGACCGGUCAUACUCUCACUCACGCAAAGGAUACACCAGUUCAUCUUACGGAGGACGUCGCAGCCCUGUUGAUGCCAGCUACUAGAAAACAGGGCAGUUGGGAUCGUUGUACGUCGGUUCCUUUGUGAAGCAGAGAAAUAAGGAUGCCAGAAUAUCUUAGUAAAUAUAUGAUAAAAACUAUAACUGUAAAAGUGGAAAAUGCUGUGUAGCGAGUAGCAGUUGGAAAUAGAUGUUUAUCAUGUCGGUCUUUUCAGAAAAUUGUGGAUGUACUGUAAUAUAUGUUUUGUUUGAAAAUAAUGGUAUUUUUGAAAAGUUUUACAGCCUUAAAAGUCUGAAAAAAGGAAAAUAAUAUCAGCAAUGAAAAAUUUCCCUCCCCACCCUGGAACGCACAACCUUGAUAAAAGUAUCAUGAAGUAAAUGAAAUUUGAUUAAGGAAGAUAAUUUGAAAUAGUGCAGAUAAGCAAAGACUGCCAUAUAUGUAUUAAGAUAUGUGGGAGAAAAAAGCUAUUAUAAAAAAAGUUGUAGAACCAAGGGUUGUUGGUGCAUUUCAGGUGACACUGAAACGGGUGGUUGUUUUUGGACGAUUUAUGCAGCUGUGGAACUUUUCUCACCAGAGGCUAGAACCAUUCUCUUGUUUAUUUGGUGAAAAUCACAGUAAAUCUGUCCAAUGGGAAUAAAAAGAAAAUAAGAGUACAGUAUAAUAUUAAUAUAGAAACAAGAAAUGGCAUUAGCACUCGAGAAUGGUUUAAAGGCUUUUUGGGUCUAAUAAUAAUUAUAAUAUAAAGGUUUUUGAAAUAGAGUAACAAUACAAUUGAUAGUAACUAGUGAAUCAGAAAUAUUGUAUUAAGUUCAUUUUGGAUAAAAUAGUUUUAAAUGUGCUUCUAUAACCUGUUGCAUUCAAAAUGAAGUAUGUGUCAAUUGAAAUGUGUGAACUUGAAAUAGUUUUGCCAUAUAUUCAUAGUUACAAUGGAAUGAGUUUCCUGAUGUUUCAUGGUUUUCAGAAUACUGUACCAGUACCUGUCGACUGAAAUGUGCAUUUGAACUUGAAAUUAUUUCAACUUUUCUUCAGAGAACUUGUUUUUUCUCAUGUUUCAUUGUUUCCUUGUGUAAGAGGAGUUCUGUAGAAAUAUUGCUAAUGCUAAAAGAAGGAAAAGCUAAUACUACUUGAUGCAAACACAGAAGAGGAAAAAAUAUACUAUAAGGCUGUAACUGAAGGUCAGGGUGAGGAAAGGUGGGGAUGGGGAGAGACACUGGAAGGCGCAUGUCCUCACAUACACUGCCAAAAUACUAUUACUGUUGUUGUCUGGGUUUCAGCUGUAAUCAGUAUCCAGUAACUUGUGAUGAUGAUACAUCCAUAUUUUUGAUAUGGCUAAAAGACUUCUCUACGUACAAGGUAAUAUAGCUGCCUUGUUCAUCCAAGUAUGACGUUCUACAGUAUUUGUCACAUUAGAUGCAGCGAGGUCUGUCAGUAUGUUUAGUAUGCAGAUCUUCAUAUACAAGGAAAAAGUGCAAUGUUACAUUUUGUAUAAGGCUUCAGGUGGAGAAUCCAUAUUAUCUGGGUGUUUAGUGAGAAUUUUUGAUAGAUAGUACUAUAAACUUUUUAUAUCUUGACACCUCCUUUCAUGAAUGUUGGUCACAAACUUGCAGAAAAAAAGAAAGGAGUAGAUUUCUACUUUUGAAAAAGAAAGGUACUUCCACAUUGAAGUCAAGCUUAGCAAGUUACUGGUCUGAUUUUAGAGUAUAUUUCCACCUUCAAAUUGUACACAUUUAAUAAACUGUUCCAAAAACUUG